AUGGCCCAACCUGUCUCUUGUUGCUUGCCCAAGUUUGGCACGAGCACUCAUGGGCCAAGGCGGCCUGCUUCGUUGAGGAUCAGGACGAGUCCUUCCCAGACUCUCCAGUUGCUAGCCGCUUGGGACCAAUCCGAGUUAGAUUCUUUACUCAAGGCCACUUGGGCCUUGCUUCUUCAUCGCUAUACUGGCCUAGAGGACAUUUGCUUUGGUUACCAACCGAUUGGAGUUGAUGCCGGUCCCCGCGAUACUGUUACUUCUUCCGAUACCCAUAAUAAUAUUCCCUUAACUUUUAAUCUGACCAUUACCGAGGACGACUCUGUCCAUGCCAUUUUGCGCAACACGAAAAAGCAGAACGAAGCUGAGAAAUGCGGAAGUUCAAGCUCGAGUUGCCACAGUUAUACCCUGUGCAAUACCCUUCUAAUGCUGCGCAACUGUCGCAGUGUUACGAAAGACCCCAGAGCCCCUCUUGUGCAACCGGCCUUGGCAAUUCCCUUGCCCGAAAAGUGCCGCGUUAGGCUGCACGUCAAAGUCCUGCAGAAGGAUGUCGGUAUCUUCUUCGAAUGGUGGAACAAUGAUAUGUCCACUGAGCAUAUGAAGAGCGUCGCCGACUACUUCGAGCAGAUACUUUCACGCGUACUCUCGGCAGAAGAUACCGCCGCGAGGGACCUGAACCAUUUCUCAGAUCGAGAUUGGUCCAGAGUCUGCAAUUUCAACUCUACCAUCCCCCAGGCACAUGACCGCUGUAUACAUGAGGUCAUUCAUGAGCAAGUCCUGGCUCGCCCCGGAAGUGAAGCCGUUUGUGCGUGGGAUGGAAGUUUGACCUACCAAGAUCUGGAUCUCCUGUCAUCCCAAGUUGCUUAUCACCUUCAAGCACACGGAGUCGGCCCUGAAACAUGUGUCGCUCUGUGUUUCAACAAAUCAAAAUGGAAUGUAGUGGCAAUGCUGGGUGUUCUGAAAGCUGGCGGUGCUUUCGUCCCCCUUGAUCCAACACAUCCAACCUCUCGUUUACAGUCGCUGGUGCACGCUGUGCAAGCCAAGGUCAUGCUUUGCUCCAGAGACCGAAUAGGAGAAUUGAAUGGGGUAGCGGAGAUGAUAAUACCACUGGACCAGGCUAUCAUAGACGAAAUCUCCCUUCAAGCUGAAGAAAUCUACUCAUUGCCGGAUGUACAAGGUCACAAUGCAGCCUACGUGAUAUUCACUUCUGGAUCAACAGGAGAACCUAAGGGUACCAUGCUAGAGCACAGAGCCUAUGUAUCCGGAGCCGCUGCCCAUGCUGGACCGCACCAUAUGUUUUCGACUUCGCGCGUCUUGCAGUUUGCGGCACACACGUUUGAUGCCAGUCUUGUCGAGAUCUUGACUACCUUGUUGCAAGGCGGCUGUGUCUGUAUUCCAAGUGAAGAAGAACGCUUGAGUGACAUAGUCAAGGUCAUCAACGAGAUGAACGUAAACCAUGCUAUUUUGACCCCAUCCUUUGUUGAGUUCAUUGAUUCCUCGCAAGUCCCAGGUCUUGAGACCUUGAUUCUUGCUGGAGAGGCGAUGUCACAAGGCCAGCUGGAAACAUGGUCGUCCGCCCUCCACCUCAUCAACGCCUAUGGCCCCACAGAAAGCUCUGUCGCUGCCGUUGUUAACGCCAAAGUUACACCAUCUUCUGAUUGUCGGGAUAUUGGACUCCCCGUGGGCGUACGUUGCUGGGUUGUAGACCCGAGCAAUCAUGACCAAUUAGUACCCGUGGGUUGUCCGGGUGAAUUACUGCUUGAGGGACCGACGCUCGCUCGAUGCUAUCUCAACAAUCCUCAGAAGACAAGUGAAGCGUUCAUCCAUGAUCCAGCCUGGAUGAGAAGGGACGGUUUAAAUGACUGUAACCGGAGAGUGUACAAGACGGGUGAUCUGGUAAGAUACAACUCCGACUGUGGCUCACUGACGUAUAUAGGCAGAAAAGACACGCAGGUGAAGUUUCAUGGACAGAGACUUGAGUUGGGCGAGAUAGAAAACCAGCUGGCUGCCGACCCAAUUGUCAAACACUGUCUAGCUUUUCUUUCGAAGACAGGAUUCUCUGCAGGUAAAUUGGUGGCGGUCAUAUCCUUAUCUGUUCACUUCGAAUCUCAACCGGAAUCAAAUGCAGCGCCACUCAAGCUCCUCGAUACAUCGAAGAAGACCUCUAUCGUUGCAGAAGUUCGCGAGAGAUUAUCAGCUAAACUACCAACCUACAUGAUACCCUCCGUUUGGCUGUGUGUGGAGGCAUUGCCGUUGCUUCCGUCUGGGAAGCUGGACAGAAAGGCGACCGCAAGAUGGAUUGGAGAUAUGGAGCGAGACCCGUAUGCUCAAGCUAUAAGCGCCAGGACUUUGUCUGCGGAUAAAGCCACACUUCCCUCGAGUGCCACGGAGGACAAACUCGCUGCGAUCUGGAGCCGGGUUCUCAAUAUCCCCCGAAGCCAACUUGCCCUUGACGAAGGCUUUUUGAGUCUAGGUGGAGACUCUAUUGCCGCCAUAACGUGCCUCGGGUAUUGCAAGAAGCAAGGAAUGGGCUUGACGGUACAAGAGGUGCUUCAUAGCAAGUCAAUCAAGGAGCUGGCUACUCGGGUAAAACAGAUCGAUCAAUUUGUUGUGUACGAAGAAAAGAUCGAUGAGCCCUUUGACCUUUCACCAAUCCAGAAGCUUCACUUCAUGGUCCGAAACGAGGGCCAAGGCCACUUCAACCAAAGCAUUCUUACACGCCUGAACCGGCACAUUGAUGAGCAUAGCAUGCGACGUGCAGUUGAGACCAUUAUCAAUCGUCACUCUAUGCUCCGCUCUCGCCUGGUCGAAUCAGAUGUUGAGGGGAUAAUGCGGCAACGAAUAACUCAAGAUGUAGCAGGGUCUUACCGUUGGCGUUCUCACAACAACAGCAACCGAAGCGAGGUCGACCAUGCCAUCUCGAACAGCCAGUCAUGUAUCAAUGCCUUCGUUGGCCCCGUACUUGCAAUAGAUGUCUUCUAUGGAAAUGACCAUUCCCGCCUGCUGUCACUCGUGGCUCAUCACAUGGUAGUCGACAUUGUUUCGUGGAGGAUUAUUUUGGAAGACUUGGAAGACCUACUGAUGAACCCCGAUCAACCGAUAUCGCAGAACGGCUCCCUUCCGUUUCAGAACUGGUGCCAAAUUCAAGCAGAUCGUUGUCAAGAAGCGACAGCUGAACGAACCAUGGAUCUGCCUGAAGUUCCCGCACCCGAUUUUGCUUACUGGGGACUAAAAAGCCACCAAACCACCUAUGGCGAUGUGGAUUGUGAAACGUUCGAUCUUGACAGUGAUAUUACUCGCCACAUACUGACUGGGUGCCACGAAAGUCUUCAAACAGAGCCAAUCGAUCUUUUUCUAGCAGCUUUGCUACACUCCUUCGGCGAAACGUUCAAAGACCGAUCAUUGCCAGUUAUAUACAAUGAGGGACAUGGGCGAGAAGUCUGGGACUCAUCAAUAGACAUCUCUCGCACUAUCGGCUGGUUUACCACACUGUAUCCCAUUCUUCUAUCGGAACUUCCUGCAAAAGAUCCAACCGAAACGGUUGUACGUGUUAAGGAUUUGCGACGUUGUGUUCCGGACAAUGGUCGACAUGAUUUCGCUCGUCGUAUGUUGGUUCCACGUGAAGAUGGGACUUGUCGGCACUAUAGCCCCAUGGAGAUGUCUUUCAACUAUGUGGGCCAGCACCGUGACCUACAGAGAAAGGAUGGGCUCUUCCAACUCAUGGAUCAGAUGGCUGGAGAAACAGGCCGCGGAGGUGCAGCAGCUGAUUUUGGUGAAGAAACUCCUCGCUUUGCACUGUUCGAGAUAUCUGCGAUGGUUGUGCAGGGUCAACUUCGCUUUAUCUUCUCCUUCAAUAGGAAUAUGCAGCAUCAGAAUGGAAUCCGUAACUGGGUACACUGCUGCAAAACAUUACUGGCAUCCCUGGGCGAACGCUUACAGGCUCUCCCACCCAAACCCACGCUAAGCAGUUUCCCCAUGUUAACAUUGACAUAUACCGAACUCGAUGCGUUGGUGUCGAAAAAGCUACCGGAUGCCGGUAUUCAUAGUCUUGAUGAUGUUGAGGACAUCUAUCCUUGCUCCAGAAUGCAGCAGGGCAUUCUACUCAGUCGCUCUCGCGAUAGCUCACUUUAUGCUGUACAUGAUACAUUCGAAAUAUCCGGGCCAGGAAGCACACCCGACAUCAACCGAUUGAUACUUGCCUGGCAGAAAGUCGUUGCUCACCAUGCAAUGCUACGGACUAUCUUUCUGGAGGGGUUGAGCAGCCACGACCUACAUUGUCAAGUGGUACUCAAGUCGUUCGAUUCCCGCCCAACUUACGUCGUAUGUGCGAAUGAAAGCGAAGUGCUACCUACAUUUGACAAACAGCAACCGAUGAGCUACGAUAAUAAUAUACCUCCUCAUCGGCUUACAAUCUGCCAAACGGCUUCUGGGAAGCUGUUUUGUCGACUGGAGCUGAACCAUGUCGCCAUGGAUGGUGCAUCAAUCUCCAUCAUCCUUCGGGAUCUGCAAUUAGCGUACCAAGGAAAGCUCGAAGAACCAAAGCCGAAGUUCAAAGAGUAUAUACGCUACCUUCGUGAGGUUCCCCAAGUCGCAAGUCUUGACUACUGGCGCAAUUAUUUGUUGGAUGUCCAACCUUGUCAUUUCCCCGUGCUCAAUGACGGCAAAGGCUGUGUAAGGCAGCUUCGGACCAAGAGAUUGGCCGGUGUGCCAUUCAAAGAGCUACGAAACAUCUGCGAUAUGAAUGGACUGACCCUUCCGACUGCCUUUAGUGCUGCAUGGGGAUUAACGGUUCGCUCUUUUUGUAGAUCAGAUGACAUCUCCUUCACCUAUCUUGCAUCACUAAGAGAUGUCCCAGUAGAGGGCGUUGAAUCUGUUGUUGGACCUGUCAUCAAUACCCUGACCUGUCGUAUGCUGUUUGCUAAAGGAACGUCACUGAAGGAGAUCCUCGCAAAAGUUCAACAGGAUAACCUGGACAAUUUGCCGCACAGGCAUAUCUCACUCACGGAGAUCCAGCAAGCUUUGGGACUAACGGCCUCAUUGGCUAAUAGUGGUAUCUCUUACCGGAAGCUUCCCAAUCAGAAUGCUUUGUCAAGCGAGGAGAUACAGUUCUCUGAAGUGGGGACAAUUCACGACCCGGCAGAGUCGCCCAUCUUUGUCAAUGUUGAAGCUACAGAAGACGACGCACGUAUCGACCUUAACUACUGGACAGACCACCUGUCGGACGGGCAAGCAGAGAAUGUCGCGAGCACAUUCCUUAAAUCGGUUGAAAAUAUUGUGCAUCACUUUGAGGAUGACGCCCAUUCAAUUGACAACUUUAGCGACGCGAACAGACAAAGCCUAAUGCUUUGGAAUAGCGAAGUCCCAGAGUCCAUCGACAAAUGCAUGCAUGAGAUAGUUGAUGAGUGUUCGAAAUCCCACCCUCACACCAUGGCAAUUUCUGCUUGGGAUGGAAACCUCACUUAUGCUAAGCUCAAUGAAUUGUCAUCUCUACUUGCAACGUACUUGACAACACUAGGGGUGGGCACCGGAACAAUCGUGCCCCUUGAUCUCGCUAGAUCCUCCUGGCAAGUUGUAGCCAUCUUGGCAGUCAUGAAGACAGGUGGUGUAUGUGUUCCGGUGAACCCAGCCCGACUGCCACAACAUUUCGAGACUUGGCUCGUCGACAAUGAGAUCCAGGUUGCCCUAGCAUCACCGACUCAAAUGCAACUACUCGAAGGGGCCGUUCCAUAUGUAAUUUCCGUGGAGAGCUCUCUGUUUGAAUACCUUUCAGACAGUGAUGCAGUUUCAAGCUCGCCAAUUCAGCCAUGCAGCGAUGCAUAUAUCGUGUUCGGCGCUGAGAGUCCCAAGUGCAUCUUGAUUGACCAUCGUGCAAUGACAACCCGGGCAAGCGCGUUCGCUUCAGGUCUUGGACUAAAUGCACGAACAAAGAUGCUCCAAUACGCUCCCUAUACUUCUGACAUGUUCCUUCAAGAAGUCUUCGGCACGUUCCUGUGCGGUGGGUCUAUCUGCAUUCCGUCAGAUGAAGACCUGGCAGACCUGUCAAAAACCAUCAAGACAAUGCAGGCGAACUGUGUCAGUAUCACACCUUCAACGGCGAUGACUCUAAGAUCCGCAGAGGAUCUGGGGAUAGAGGUCCUUGCUUUAUGGGGUGAACACCCGACCAAGCAACUUCUUACCGCCUUGCCUGGAGGAAUCCAAGUGCAUGCAUUCUAUGGAACGCCAGAAUGCUCAUCUUCUUGCAUUCGAUCCCCUCAGCUUGACGGAUUAUGCGAAUCGUCAAUUAUUGGGUCAAGUAUUGGAUGUAAAUCUUGGCUUGUAGAUCCCUCCGAUCACGAUAUUUUGGUUCCGAUCGGCUGCGUUGGCGAACUGAUGAUAGAAGGCCCAAGUCUUUCUCAUGGCUACUAUCAAGAUGCGGAACUCACGCAACAAUAUUUCGUCGAAAAUCCCAUGUGGAGACUGGCUUACGAAUCUCAGCCACCAUCAGACAAAGACAAGAACACGGACGCCCAGAAGCUGUCCUAUCGAUUGUUCAAGACUGGAGAUCUUGCUCGCUACAACUCCGAUGGCACACUCGUUUACGUUGGUAAGAAAGAUAGAGCAUUGCAUUGGCAGCGACAGACAGCGGCCAUCUACAUCGAAGAGCAAAUCGCAUCCCUCUCAUCCUUCAAUGUCCAGUAUGUCGUUGAGGAGAUCAGCAAGAGCAGUGUCGAUUCUGCCCGAUCGUCUCUGGCCAUCUUUUUCUCUGAUGAGGCCGUCGACUCCAACGGACACCACCAGCCUAUUGCACAAUUGUCACCUGAGCUGCACGGCUCAAUGAUCAGGCUGUAUAAAAAGCUGUCGAGCUCCUUGCCAGCGAAUUCUGUCCCAAGACUGUAUUUUCCGACGUCUAGCAUACCACUGAACUCGUUCGGUAAGCUGGACCGCCAGCUGCUGAGAAAUGCAGCUCAAAAUCUGCCAGAAGAAUUGCUGUCUAGAUUCGACAUCAAAAGCUUUGACAGCUUCUGGAAAGGGCAGCUGGCCACAUUGGCGCUUUCGCCAGUGUUCCCGUCACCCCGUGGCUCUUCGUCUCAGCGGAGCACACCGGUCACCAAGCAAGCAACAAAAAACAUGCAGAUGGUCUGGUGUGAUACACUCAGAUCAAUGACCGAAGGUACACGAUGUGCUAUCCUUUCUGCAUGGGCUCUUACUAUUCGCGGCUACACCAGCUCCCGUGAUAUUGUUUUUGGGGAGUUGCUGUCAGAAGUUGAAUUGGCCUCCACUGAGCGUCAGGACAAUUAUACGCAAGCUGCAACUAUCGUUCCCCGACGCUUCCAACUCAACGAUGAUUGGACCGUUACUGAGUUACUGAGCAGGGUGAAGAGUCAACUGGAGUCAGCUAAGCCCUACCAAUGGGCUGGAAUAAGUCAAAUUCAGAAAUUGAACGCUGAUACGGCGCGCGCCUGUGACUUCAGGAACUUGAUCUCUAUAACGGACAAUCGUGGCCUUGAACCAAGACUAGUACCCAUGAAACAGCAUGACAGCAAUCUUCCCGGUUAUCCUUUGAUGGUUUAUUGUAUCCUUGGAGAUGCUACGCUCGAACUCUUGAUUAGUUACAAUGACAGCACUUUAACAGGCACCCAGAUCGAGCGACUGGCUGCCCAAUUCUUCGCUUGUGUUGGACUUCUUAACUCCAAGGCUAGCAUGAACAAGACAAUCGGUGUCUUGUCCAGAGACAACAUGGACUUUUGCUCCUUCCGCCAUGAUGUUGCCUACUGGAAAAACUAUUUGGAGGAUGUUGAAGCUUGUCUUUUCCCGGCACUACGUACAAGUGCGGAGGAAAAUACUCAUGCUGAGACCCAGAUAAUACUCCAGAACACCAAGCAUCUACAUGAUCUCAGUGAACGUGAACGUCUCAGCAAAAGCUCACUUCUUCAGCUUGUUUGGGGCUUGGUUCUGCGAUGCUACACAGGCCUACAAGAUGUGUGCUUCGGAUAUCACAUUUCAGAUGCAAGCGACAGAUCUGCCAAGCCUGGAGUUGCGAAUAAGCCAGAUAUUUCAGGUACAUUCCCGUGCAGAAUGCUCUUGAAUGGUGAAUCUAGGGUUGCGGAAAUUUUGAGAGAGCGACUGCAAGGACUGAAUCACAUGCAGCAGCAUCGGUUGCCGUGGGAUGAAGUCCAGCAAGAGCUUGGGUAUAGCGACAUUUUCAAUACCGUUUUCACUUGUUCAGAACAAUCAAGUGACGCAGUGAAUGUGGCUGGUCUCGCUGAUCUUGAUCCGAGCAAAUACCUGAUUACCGUCAACGCCACUCUAGCAGAAUCAUCAGGAGUCAUUAGGUUCGGCUAUCAAAGGAGGCACUUCUCAGAAACCGACAUGGAAGGCGUCCUUGAUUGUUUUAAUAAUAUUCUGGGACAGUUACUCCAAUUCCCUCUUCCGGAUCUUUUGGUAGGCGAGGUUGACUUUGUGAGUGAGCUUUCCUGCCAGAAGAUAUCUGAGUGGAACUCGGCGUUGCCAGACCGUCCAGUGCUAUGCGCGCAUGAGCUCAUCCAACAGCAAGCUUUGGAUCGUGCUUCGGCUCCUGCAAUUUGUUCUUGGGAUGGCAACUUCACACAUGCACAACUUGACCGAUUGUCGACUCUCCUAGCAAACCAGCUAGUGGGGCUAGGGGUCAAGCCCGACACCUUUGUUGCAUUGUUUUUCGAAAAAUCCGCAUGGGCGGUUGUUGCGCAGGUUGCUGUUUUGAAAGCUGGAGGAGCCUUCGCUUCAUUAGAUCCAGCUCACCCAGAAAGCCGCCUACAAGGCAUGAUCGAUGAUCUUGGCGCUCAGGUUAUUCUUUGUUCUGAGACACACUACGAGAGAGCCUCCAGCAUCUGUCGUCGCGCAAUGAUCGUAAGCAAUAGCGCACUUGAACAACUUCACCACUCACCCUUUGCUGCUCCGACCCAAGAGGUAACCGCUGAUAACGCAGCCUACGCCAUAUUCACAUCGGGAACCACAGGGAAACCCAAGGUGACAGUACUUGAGCAUGUUGGACUUACUCUAGCCUGCACAGAGCUCUCCAGGGCCUUCUUCAUAAGUUCAGAAACACGCGCUCUGCAGUUCUCAAGCUAUACAUUCGACGUCAGCAUAUUGGAAACUAUCAUAGUCCUUGCUGCUGGUGGCUGCAUUUGUAUCCCUAGCGAAGAUGAGCGCAUGAACAAUCUUUCUGGAGCCAUCAGAAAGAUGAACGUCAACUUCAUGAGCUGUACUCCAUCUAUCGUUAAUACCAUGGACCCCAAUGCUGUUCCUUCAUUGCAAACAAUAACUCUCGGAGGAGAAAAAAUGACUGCAAGCCAUUUUGAGCGAUGGGCUGACAGGUGUGUUAUUAACGCGUACGGUCCGUCAGAGGCUACUGUCGCCUUUACGUCAAGCACGAAAUACGACCAUGCAGGAGUACGCCUUACUGAUGACUAUGGUUCUAUUGGCACUGCUAUUUGUGGCAGGACAUGGAUUGUUGAUCCCCAAAAUCACAAUCGACUUGUGCCCAUCGGCGCACCCGGAGAGCUCGUUCUUGAGAGUUGCACUGUUGCUCGUGGGUAUCUCAAUAAUGACGAGAAAACCAAGGCUGUUUUCAUCCGGGACCCGGAGUGGACUCAGCGUGAAGGGCUACAGCAUGUGUUGAGGCGCAAAGAACGGAUGUAUCGCACGGGAGAUUUAGUGCGCUACAACUCCGACGGCUCGAUUGCUUUCAUUUCGCGAAUUGAUACACAAGUGAAAUUGAACGGUGUGCGCAUCGAAUUGGAAGAAGUUGAGCAACAAUGCAACAACUAUCUUUCGACAGAUACUCAGGUUGCCGUUGAGGUUGUUACUCCAGAGGCCAAAACUAUAUCAAAAUGCUUGGCUGUCUUCUUCACCAUUGACGAGCACCAAAUGAAAGAUAUGGCGAAUGGUGAAUUCAUUCUGCCCAUGUCAGAGUCUGUAGUUCACAUGGUCAAGAAGCUACACGGUUCCCUAAGCGCUUCAUUACCGCUAGCUAUGGUGCCCAAGCUUUACUUCCCCAUGCGGCGCCUGCCGUUUGGAAGCACUGGCAAAACUGAUCGCAAAGCACUUCGAGCAAUGGUCGAUACAUUUACCAAGGAACGCUUGAGACCAUAUGUUAUCUUCAAUGUUGGCGCAGAAGAACGCUCCGCUGUGGGAACGGAAGGGACAGAUGGCGUUCUCAAGACGCUAUGGGAGGAAGUCCUUAACCUUGCGCCAGGUUCUAUCAGUGCCGAAGACAACUUCUUCGGCAUGGGUGGCGACUCGUUUUCUGCUAUGAAACUAGUCGUAGCCGCGGCAUCCCAGAAUAUUUCACUUGCAGUGGCCGACAUAUACCGAACUCCUAUUUUCAAAGACAUGGCAAAGAGAUGUGGAGCGGGUGAGGUUAAGACUGGCGUACCAACAGUGGACCCUUUCAGCAUGCUGCCUGAAUCUCUUUCACGCGAUGAUAUUCUGGAGGAAGUCUCUGACCAAUGUGGUGUGCCUAUGGAUCGAAUUGCGGACAUCUACCCUUGUAGUCCGGUGCAAGAGGGUUUGCUCACACUUUCUAUCAAGCAACCCGGAGCCUAUGUCGCUCGACCUGUGUUCCAACUCGCAGAGGGAGCUGACCUUGACAAGUUUAAAGCUGCUUGGCAAAAGGUGGUUAAUGAAAUGGAUAUUCUUCGGACUCGGGUAGUACACACCGAGUCCGCCAACUUUGUCCAGGCAGUGCUCACUGAUGUCCCUAUCCUCUGGGAAACGGCAACGGACUUGGAUGAUUUAGCAAACGACACCAUUGACCUAGCCAAGAAUAACGGGGGCUUGCUAAUCGGAUACGCCAUUGUCGAGUCCGGACACUCGCGCUCCUUCGUUUGGACCAUACACCACGCUCUCUAUGAUGGAUGGAGUGUGUCCCAGAUCCUUCAAAGAGUUGAGGAGAUAUACUCGGGUGCUUCAAAACUUAGCUCGACGCUUCCUUACAAGCUCUUUAUCAAUCACCUGGUCCAGCAAGAGGCUCAUUCCUCGGACGAAUUCUGGAAGACGCACCUCGCGGCCCUGUCUUCAUGUCCUUUCCCCCAGAACAAGCCGUCACCUGAUACCAUUCGCGUCGGCAAUCGGCAUUACAGCUCGCUUGAGAUUUCUCGUGCACCAAGUGGGCCUAAGUUGACCGUUCCUGAAAUGAUACGAGCUGCAUGGGCACUAAUUGUAUCCGUCCACACCGGUUCCGGAGAUGUCUGCUUCGCUGAAACCCUAAUGGGUAGAAAUAUUGAUAUGCCUGGGGCUAUGGAAGUUGCAGGACCUCUUUUGACCACGGUGCCUAUACGGAUGGCUGUCAACAACGAGCUCUCGAUUAUCCAGUACCUCGAUAAUGUGCGCCAGCUGACCACAAUGAUGCUGCCGCAUCAACAUUCUGGGCUCCAGAGGAUCCGCAAGCUAAGCAGAGACACUGCCCUUGCUUGCGAAUCCCAAAAUCUACUGGUUAUUCAAUCAGAACAGGCCCAUUCGAACACAAGUAUCUGGGAGCAAAAGGAUAACCUGACUGAAGGCGAAUUUUUCACCCACCCAAUUGUUGUCGAAUGCAAGGUUGGCGAAUCGCAGGUGGCCGUAACCCUUCAUCACGAUGAGCUUGUUUUCGACAGUUGGCAGGCUAAGAUGCUCAUUGAACAGUUUACCUUCGUUUUGAGUCAACUGUUAUCAAUCUCCAAUGAAGAAUCCAGAAAGAUCGGAGAGCUAGAGGUUUCCAGUUCUCGGGAUAAGGAAGAAAUUGCUCUCUGGAAUGAGAGGAACCUGACUUGCAUAGACAGAUGUGUUCAUCAUAUCAUUGAGGAGAAAGCAUCCCUCCGACCUCAAGCCCAAGCCGUCUGCUCCUGGGAUGGACAACUAACUUACCAGGAGCUUUACCAGCUUGCUUCUUCGUUUGCAGCUUACCUAAAAACUCGUGGCGUCGGUCCGGAGACUUUGGUUCCGAUCUGUAUGGACAAGUCUUUGUGGGCCAUUGUCACAAUACUGGGUGUCCUCAUUGCGGGUGGAGGAUAUGUCCCCCUUGACCCUGCUCACCCAACGUCAAGGCACAAGGAGAUUCUGACAGAAGUCGAAGCCCGUGUCGUUCUCUGUUCUCCCAAGUAUCAAAGUCGGUACACUGGCUCUGUGAAAGCAAUCAUCCCUGUCAGCAAAGAGACGAUCAAGGCGUAUUGUGCUCUUAAAACGGCAACCGCUAAGACUACUAACAACGCUACACCCGAAAACGUUGCAUUCGCUAUCUUUACCUCUGGCAGCACUGGCCGUGCUAAGGGUAUUAUCAUCAACCACAAGGCACUUGCCAGCAGCGGCAUGGCAUUCGGGCCCAUGGUGCACCUUGACGAGAAUUCUCGAGCUUUCCAAUUUGCCUCUCUUACUUUUGAUGCUGCUGUCAUGGAAACACUCGUCACCUUGAUGCACGGCGGUUGCGUGUGCAUUCCAAGCGAAGAUGAACGCUUGAAUGAUGUUGCUGGCGCUAUUCGUCGGAUGAAUGUCUCUUGGUCAUUCCUGACUCCAUCCAUAGCCAGUAUCAUUGAACCGUCAUCCGUUCCAUCUCUGAGGGAUCUUGUGUGUGGUGGAGAGAAGAUGUCUCGCGAAGUCAUCACCAAAUGGGCACAUCGGGUAAACCUGAUGAAUGGAUAUGGUCCAACUGAAACUACUAUCUUCGCGGUUAUCAACACAGAUGUUGCUGCCAAUCCGGAUCCCGCCUGUAUCGGCCAUGGCAUUCCUUGCACCCUAACCUGGGUUGUCGAUCCUGAUGACCACAACAAACUAACUCCUCUAGGGGCUGUUGGUGAGCUGGCACUGGAAGGCCCCGCACUUGCCAGGGAAUACCUCAAGAACCCCAAGAAGACAGCAGAGGCUUUUGUGGAUGAGCCGGAGUGGAUUAAGGCCUUCCCUAGUGUCCUACCUUCGCCCAGAAGAAUAUACAAGACUGGAGAUCUUGUCAGAUACAACUCUGACGGUUCCAUUCAAUACAUCAGCCGCAAGGACCAUCAAGUCAAGCUUCACGGGCAGCGCAUGGAGCUUGGAGAGAUUGAGCACAGACUAUAUGAGGACCCGCGAGUCCGCCACGCUGUGGUCUUACUGCCAACGGCAGGACCCCUCAAACAGCGGUUGGUCACCGUUCUUUCACUGAAUUCUGUAACUGCGGAGAAAAGCAUCAUCUCAGACAAUGCAUGUGAACUUGUCAAUCGCGGCGGAUCUGCACGGGCAGCAUACCAGGAGCUCGUUGCUAUCCAGAAGAGCUUAGAGACACAGCUACCAAUCUACAUGGUUCCACAGGCUUGGGCUCUGAUCAAGCAGCUCCCAAUGCUCGUGUCUGGUAAGCUAGACAGGAAGCGAAUCACAGCUUGGCUGGAGAAUGUUGAUGAUGCUGCUUAUGAUCGCAUAAUGGAGGAUUACGAUAACAUAAAACGUGGGGAUGUCGAGCAAGACGAGGAGAAAGAGGAUGACCAAGAGACUUCUGUCAAGCUUCUUCAGGAAGUCUUUCCCCAGGUUCUCAACUUACCAUCUCACAAGGUGGGCUUGGACAGGUCAUUUGUGAGCCUAGGUGGUGAUAGUAUCACUGGAAUGGCUGUCAUUUCUCGAGCGCGUAAACAUGGACUCACGCUGACCCUCCACAAUGUGCUUCAGUCGAAGUCGAUAAAGGAGCUUUCUCUAGCUGCUCAGACAAGCGUCAAGACAGUGAAAAGAGAGGAGAAGCCUCAUGAAUACUUCGAACUGUCUCCGAUCCAGGGAUUGUUCGUUCAAACAACAACAAAUUUUCGGGAUUCUUCUCGCUUUAACCAAAGCAUGACAGUUCGCGUUACUCGAAGGGUCGAGCCAACUAGAAUGCAAAGCGCCAUCAAGGCUGUUGUUGAACAGCACUCCAUGUUCCGAGCACGGUUGUUCAAGUCUCGCGACGGAAAGUGGAAGCAGAAGAUCAGCGAUGAUGUUGAUGCCUCAUACCGCUUCCGUCAUCAUAUGGUGGAAAAUAAAGAUGCCAUUCUCCCCAAGAUCGCCGAGUGUCAACGGUCUGUAGAUGCUCAACAUGGACCCAUCGUUGCUGCAGACAUGUUCCAAGUACGCAGCGGCAUCACAAUACUUUUCCUGGUGGCCAGUCAUUUAUGUGUUGACAUGGUAUCCUGGCGUAUUGUCCUCCAGGACAUUCAAGAUUUCCUCGAUGCUGGAUCAUUGUCCCCGGAGAAGCCUCUGUCAUUCCAAGCUUGGUGCAACCUUCAGCUUGAACAAAGCAAGAAACCAAAUGGCAGAGUCCAGCUGCCUUUUUCUAUUCAGCCUCCUGACCUGAAAUACUGGGGCAUGGAGCAGUCCCAGAAUCUCUAUGGGGAUGUCAAGAUGGAAGGGUUCACGCUUGAUGCCGCAGUCACGACACAAAUCCUCACAGCCUGCAAUAAGGUUCUACGCACUGAGGCUAUUGAAGUCAUACUCUCCGCUGUUAUUCACUCUUUCCGUCGCACGUUUACUGAUAGAGAAAUGCCGACUAUUUACAACGAGGGCCACGGUCGCGAGGCGUGGGACAGCUCUAUCGAUCUCUCAAGAACGGUGGGCUGGUUCACGACUAUGUGUCCACUGCAUGUUGGUGAAGGGUCGGAUCUACUUGACACUUUGAAGCGUGUCAAAGACACAAGGCGUCACCUCAGCAGUAAGAGCCGGUCAUACUUUGCGGAAAGCCUGCUUCAGCCGGAAGGUAAAGAGGGCGAUGCUUUCCCUGUCCCGCUCGAGAUUCUGUUCAACUACCUUGGCCAGCUGCAACAGCUAGAGCGCGAUGAUUCGCUUUUCCAACAUUAUGGUGAAGCCUUCAACGCGGAGACCUUCGAGAUGACAGGGGACAUGGGCUCAAAGACACCUCGGUUUGCUCUCUUCGAGAUCUCGGCGCUUAUAAUCAAGAACAAGCUUCAGGUAUCGUUCACUUACAAUAAGCACAUGCAGAAAGAACAGCGGAUCAAGGGCUGGAUAUCUGAGUGUAAACGAGUGCUGGAGCAUAUGUCUCGUUUCGAGAGCUUCACAUCUGAGCCGACACUCAGCGAUUGUCCCUUACUCCCCAUCACUUACGAAGGCCUGAACAACAUGGUCAAGAGAGCAUUCCCAAAGAUUGGAAUUGAUAGCUGGGAUCAGGUUGAGGAGGUUUAUCCCUGCUCCCCAGUACAAGAAGGUAUCCUUCUUAGUCAGCUUCGAGACCCGGAGGAAUACCUGUUCCAUGUCAUCUUCGAAGUGCACCCAUCCAAGGGUAGCAAGGUGGAUACAAGCAAGCUUCGAAAGGCAUGGUCCAUGGUUGUCAGCAGGCACCCUAUCUUACGGUCUGUCUUCAUUGACAGCAACUACAAAGGCGGAUCUUUCGACCAGGUAGUGGUCAAGUCACUCGACGAUGAGGUCAUUGAGUUCCAGUGCCCUGAGUCGGAUGCAUUGGGUACACUUGGGGAAAUAAAGCUGCGCGAUAUCAAUGCUGAGAGAUCGAUGAAGCUCGCCCACCAGAUGACCCUCUGCAAAACAACUUCUGGGCGAGUCCUGUUCAAGAUUGAGAUGAACCAUGCCAUUAUCGAUGGCGGGUCGGUUGACCUGCUUCUUCGGGAUCUCGCCCUCGCAUACAGUGAUCAGCUUUCUGCCGGAACCGGUCCACGUUUUAGUGAUUAUGUCAAGUAUAUCAGGGAACAAUCCCAGGGAGAAGCUGUGGCACACUGGGUGAAGUAUCUCUCUGGCGUACGACCUUGUCACCUCCUGGUAUCUUCCAAAAAGAGUGGUAGCCACCAGCUCGGCGAGCGCAUGAUAUCUUUCAAGCGCUUUUCUGAGUUGCAAAGAUUCUGCGAGGAAAAUUCCGUCACACUCGCCAACUUGACCCUCUGUGCCUGGGCAAUUGUACUCCGGAAUUGUACAGGAUCUGAUGAUGUCUGCUUCGGAUAUCCGUCUGCUGGUCGUGACUCCCCUGUUCCUGGGAUCCAAGAUGCGGUCGGUAUCUUCAUCAACAUGUUGUGCUGUAGAGUCAAAUUCUCUCCCGGACAAACUCUUCUUGAGAUUGCCAAGAAGGUACAGGAUGACUUUGUCAGGAAUGUGCCGCAUCAACACUGCUCUCUGGCUCAGAUCCAGCAUGAGCUUGGAAUGCAUGGAGAGACGCUCUUCAACUCAACUCUUUCCAUUCAGAAUCGCUCUGCCAACAAAGGCACUGGAAAUUUGCCGCUCGACUUCGAAGCCCAAAAGGCCCAUGACCCGACUGAGUAUCCUGUUACUGUAAAUGUGGAGACUACCAAGGGCAAGGAGGGAGUUUUGCUGAGGUACUGGAGCAACGCAGUGACCGAAGCACAAGCAAAGGAGCUAGCGGCAGCUGUUACCAAGGUCUUCACAUGCUUCAUCGAGGAGCCAUCCAAGUUGGUAUCGAGCUUGAACCUCCUUAACAAGCUACCGCGGAACCGUUCGCAGCACACCCACAGAGAGCCCCUCAUUUUGGACCAAUUGAUUGACAGUCAGGUCCUACAGAAACUAAUUGACGAUCGCGUGAAUGAGAUAAUCAGCCAGAUGCUGAAGGAAGGCAAGCUCGCCAUACCCCUUCCUGAUCAGAAGACUAGAUACUCGAACAGCUCUGUUCAACUCAAGAUGGUCGAGGCUUCGCUCCAGGAGGAUCCCAUAAUAGACGAAAAGGAUCUUGCAAACUCAACACCAUCCCUAACAGAUGAUGGCAGAAGCUCAAGUGACAAUGAUAGGCGCCUUUGGGACCUGUGGAAGUCGACAUUAGGGCUAUCUUCAGACAUUAUCCAAUACCGGAGUAGCUUUUUCAAGCUAGGCGGUGAUAGUAUUACAGCAAUGAAGAUGGUCAGCGCUGCACGAGAAGAGGGCUUGCAAAUGACAGUGGCGGAUGUGUUCAACAACCCGAUCUUCGAGGACAUGCUGGCUACGAUUACUCCGAGCAGCAGCCCGACCUCAAACGCCGAUACCCAGUGCGCAAACAACAUUGAAAAACUCCUGGAGGCUGAUGAUGCUCUUCCAGAUGCUACCCCACCGCAGGAUAUCUCGGUGCUUAGGCCAAUGCAGCUCGAUGCCAUGUCUCUGCUUGAUGUCAUCUGCCCUAAGAUAGGGGUGUUCAAAGGAGGAAUUGCUGAUGUUCUCCCUGUUACGGACUUCCAAUCCAUGUCGAUCGCUGCCACGCUCUUCGGAUCGAGGUGGAUGCUGAACUAUUUCUUCCUCGAUGGAAGUGGUCCUCUAGACCUUCGACGACUGAGGGAAAGCUUCUUGAGGGUGGUCGAUGCUUUCGAUAUCCUUCGGACUGUUUUUGUCUGCCACCACGGGCAGUUCUUCCAGGUGGUGCUGAGAAAAGUCCGACCGGAUAUUUUUGUGCAUGAGACGGAGCAGAGUCUAGAUGAGUACACCAACGGCUUACAAAAACGGGACCGCGAACAAGAUCCACGCCAAGGUGAGCAGUAUGUGCAGUUCUACGUUGUCAAGAAAAAGAAUAGCGACCAGCAUCGCAUCUUGAUCAGGAUGUCGCAUGCCCAAUUCGACGGCGUUUGUCUGCCAAAAAUCAUGAACGCAAUCAAGCUGGGAUACGAGGGCAGCACCCUACCUCCAGUCUUCUCCUUUUCGAACUAUAUGCGGAUGCUUCCUGGAAACAUCACCCCGGCACACUACCACCACUGGUCAACAAUUCUCAAGGGCUCUAAGAUGACCGAUAUCAUUCGGCGCACGCAGCCUAAUACCUUCAUGCAUAUUGGUGCUUUCGCUGAGCAGAAGAAGACUAUAAUGAUACCCUCAACCGCCAUAGGAAAUGUCACCCUCGCGACCGUUAUGCAGUCUGCAUGGGCGGUGACUUUGGCAAAACUGACUGCCCAGUCGGACGUGGUCUUCGGGCUUACAGUCAACGGCCGUAACGCCAGUGUUCCUGGUAUUGAGACCCCUGUUGGGCCCUGUCUUAACAUUCUUCCCAUUAGGGUUAAAUUCAGGGAGCAUUGGACUGGUCUUGACCUCUUCCGUUAUCUCCAAGAUCAACAGAUCGCCAACAUGCCCUAUGAGUCGCUAGGAUUCAGGGAGAUUAUCCGGAACUGCACCGAUUGGCCCGACUCCACAUACUUCACCACCUCCGUGUUUCAUCAGAAUGUCGAGUAUGAGGGACAGAUGCAUCUAGACGGCAAUUCGUACCGAAUGGGAGGCGUUGGUGUUUUGGACAACUUCACUGAUCUCACGCUGGCCUCCAAGUCCUGUGGUCAAGAGAAGCUCGAUGUCUCAAUCGGGUACUCGCUCAAGGGCCCCAUUCCAGCAACCUUCAUCGCUAAAGCCCUUAACAUGGUUUGCGAGACUGUGCAGAGCCUGAUUGCCAACCCCAGCGUCCCACUUGCCUCCCCUGCCACUAUCCGCUCCCUGCCUAGCCAGGUCAUUCGUGAAACACCCAGAGCAUCUGAUACACCCUUCCUCUCGUCAAAUCUAAACAGCCAGAAGAUGUCGGAGAUUGUAAUUCACUCAGAUAUCCUUACCCGGUCCUGGCAGCAGGUGCUACCCCGUCGGACUGACAACCCACAAUACCAACUCGAUGCAUCUUUCUUCGACCUGGGCGGAGACAUCAUGAAUGUUGCCCAACUGGUCUGGAUCCUGGGAGAAGAAGGCUUCAGUGUCCGUUUGGAAGACCUUCUCGAACACCAUACGUUCCUGGGAAUGAUGGCCGUGAUGGCGAUGCACCACAAACCAGAACUGAAUGCCAGAAUGGCAGCGACCAUGGCUGAAGAACCAGCCAAGGAAAUGAGAAUGACUAUGACAAAGAGCAACAGCUGGAGCUCGCUGGGCAAAGCGAUGACGCUUGCUAAGAGAUUUACUAGAUGGGGGGCUGUAGCAGCCAAAAAGUGAGGUUUACAUUCAUUGUGGAGGAUACAUAACACACUCUUUCGAUUUCUACCAUGUACUAUUCUGUUUUUUCUGUAUCGCAUAUGAUUGUGUUGAACUACAUUCCUUUUUGUUUCCAUGUUUGACGUUGAAUAUUAACUGUCUUCUUUUGGAAACUAGAUAUGAUGAUGAUCUAGAUUUUUUGUUAUUAAAAGCUCAUCUGAUAAUCUAUGUUUGCAUAGAUCUGUUUUGACUAUAGCUCAUCAUUUUGAUAGUCUUAAAACCUCCCAAUCAGUCUGAGAUGGGUAGAGGAUGAUAGAGACUGUGGUUAUGCCAUCAUCAUUCC